GCAUCGAUGCCUUGGGCCAUCUGUGAUGACGUAUAUAUUAUGCGUCUAUCGUUGCGCGCGCCUUCAGAGGGCUGUUCGAAGUCUACAAUCUCUCUUAGCUAAGAUUAUUUUAACCAGACUGCCGUUUCCAUUCAUCAUAAAUACAUUGUGAUUAAAAGGAGCAUACAAUGUUCUCCCCUCGUGCCACUGCUGGUUCGGCCCGUCGACAAACCACCAGGGCAGCUGGUAGAAAGAGCCUUGUUUCCACACCGACAGGACUCCUGUUUUCUCCAGUUCGUCGGACUUCUUUGGCAGCACGGGCAACUCCCACAAGGGUGCAGAGCCAGGCUGCAACAGAGGCUGUCAACUAUGAUGUACAAACCUUUGGGUCCUCGCUGCCUGUCAAAAUCAUGGAAGCUUUGACAAUGGCACACUCUGAUGAUCAGAUAUCAGUGAAGGUGGUGGAGACUGGUUGGGCAUGGAUGGUUUGUGGUGAGAGUUUGAUUGUAUGGAAGAUUGGCCAGACUGCUGUGGCCAAGCUGUCGGUCUGUAAAGACCUCCAGUUGCCCCCCAGUGAGUUUACUUACUCGGCAGAUCUGAUUGCCUUAACAUCUCAGAGCCCAUUCGAAACCGCUUCUGUUCAGUCCAUGUCGGUGAUUGCGGUGUCUCCUGAGGGAACAGUUCGGUACUGGCCCAGUCUUGCCCAUGAGGGGACUUACACAGAGACUGUGGCGGACCUGGGAGAAAAUCUGUGCAACUUCCUCACUGCUGUGAAGGGGAACAGCUUUGUCCUCUCCUCCUACAAGAACCAGCUGAUCCGUCUGGGAACGGACUGUUCCGGGAGGCUUCAGCAGAGGCCGCUGCAGCAGGGGCAGGGUGUGCUCUCUGGGAUCGGCCGCCGUGUCUCCAGCCUCUUUGGCAUCCUGGCCCCACCCACCGACACCACUCUGCAUAGCAUGCUGUGGGUGAGGCAGACGGGUUGCCUCUACACCCUAACCAGCUGCAGCCUGAACAAGUGGGAUGUGGAGGAGGGCUCCGAGCACCACGUGUUCAGCUGGGACACAAGCAGGACCCUCAGGGACAGUAUCUCCGAUGCCAUCUGGGGCUCAGACAGCAACUAUGAAGAAAUAAAGGAGGGACUGAAUAUCAUAUACCUGGAUAUGCAGCUUGGACAGGAUGGGCUGGUGGUCCUGGCAGCAGCUUGGAACCCCUCUGACACCCCAUGCCUGGCCUACUUCUGCUUGGUCACCCUCCUGGAUAAUGGCCCAAACAUCUCAGAUGAGGUCUCUGUGGAGGUCACCAACCACAAACCACCCUUUCAGAGUGAGGACAACCUGCAGACGGUGCGGCUGGUGCUGCCCCCCUCCUCUGGCUCUGCGGCCUACAUCUAUAAUGAGGACCUGCUAUAUGCCUGCUCCACUGGCACUGGCAGGAGCAGCCUGCCUGAGGAGAAGAUCCCUCUCAGCUCCCACGGGGACCUCCUCCUUGGUGCUGGCUGCUAUGCAGACCUGCCGAUUUUCUUCUUGAAGAACAGUGGCCUGGUGGCAGUGGUUGCCCGGGAGAGUGUGUCUGUGCUUCCCGGGACCACGGAGGACUCGAUCUGCUCCUCCCUGUCCAGACCCAUGCCAGAGGGGUCUGCUAUGGAGAGCUCCUUAAGGCUGGAUACCGUGGCUCAGGAAGACAAAACCAAGCUCUUGAAAGCAGCUUUCCUGCAGUUUUGCAGGAAAGACCUUCUGGGGGCCCAGGCCAUGACCGAUGAGCUCUUCCCCCCUGGUAUUGACGAGGAGGAUGGGGAGCUGGAUAGGGCAGUGGCACAGAUUGACCUGGACCUGGUGGAUGACUACCCCGCCUCUGACCCACGGUGGGCUGAGUCUGUGCCGGACGAGAGUGCUGGGUUCUCCCUCACAUCCCUGAUUCUCCUUCACCAGCUGGAAGACAAAAUGAAAGCCCACUGCUUUUUCAUGGACUUCCUGCAGCAAGUUGGCCUUCUGGAGCGCCUGGGUGUGGUAACGGUGCGUUCGGUGCCCAUGGCAACGCGGCUCCUGCUAUGCGAGCAUGCCGAGAAGCUCUCCGCUGCCAUCGUGCUGAAGAACCACCACACCAAACUGCCCGAGCUGGUCAACGGGGCCAUUCUCGGCUCCUUGAGGAAGAGUGGCACCGAUGUCCCCUCCAGUCUCACACCUGCUGACAUCUUCUUCAGAGAGGUGUCCCAGAUUUCCACCAUCUUUGAGUGCUUGCUUGUAGAGGAAGAGCGGACUCUGAAGGACCAUCCAGUGGAUUCCGUGGAGUGGGGCGAGGUGGUGAUUAAUGUCAACAAUAUUAUCAAGGACAUACUGCAGGCAGCCUCCCAUUACAGGGAGACCAAGGCCUCUCUGUACCGGGCUCCAGAAGAUGGCAGGACUGAACUGGAAUUCAUUCCCUGGACAGCGUCUAGCGGCCCCGGGGGCGUCCGGACGGUCAUCGUGCGGCAGCACGAGAUCAUACUGAAGACGGUACACCUACACGCGGACACAGAGCUGCGCGCCUCCCUCAACGAGCAGCUGGUCACUCUGCUGGAUGCCUACCUUGGCGGCUAUGUGGUGCAGCUGACCUCGCUGAGCCAGCCCGGCCAGCAGGAGCGCUACAGCUCCCUGGAGAUGGAGUACACGCAGAAACGCUCCGAGCUGCUCAGCCCCUUCUUGGAAUUGGGCCUGUAUCAGUGGGUUGCCCCUCUCGCUGAGAAGUACUGUGACUUCGACAUCCUAGUGCAGAUGUGCGAGCAGACUGACAACCAGAGCCGACUGCAAGGGUACAUGACCAAGUAUGCGGACCAGAACUUUGCAGACUUCCUGUUCCGCUGGUAUAUGGAGAAGGGCAAGAGGGGGAAGCUGCUGUCCCAGCCCAUUGCCCAACACCAACAGCUGGCUAGCUUCCUGCAGGCCCAUGAGCAUCUUAGCUGGCUGCAUGAAAUCAACGUCCAGGACUUUCAGAAGGCCCACCGUACCUUGUAUGGGCUGGCUAACAUGGAGACGCGCUACUUUGCCAAGAAAAAGACCUUGCUGGCACUGAGCAAGCUGAUGGCCUUGACAUCCGACUUUCCAGAGCUGGUGAUGCAGAGGAAGCUGGAAGAUAUUUUGGAACAGGAGCGUUUCCUCCUGCACCAGGACACCCUACCCAAGCAGUUGCUGGACGAUAAACAGCUGAACCCUGACACCAUGCCGCUGCUCAGUGCCCACAACCUCAUUAAUCUGUACAUCUCCGAUGACAACAGAAGGGCCAAUGAGUAUGAUUUCAAGAAAGCCCUGGAUCUGCUGGAGUACAUCAACAAGGAGGAUGAUGUGGACAUUGAAGGCCUGAAGUGCGAGAUAUUCUGCAAGGCCCUCAAAAAAGACGACUGGUCUUCUGUUGAUGGGAGUGAUGACCCUUUGGAAGCAGGAAAGGACAGCAUCUUUGUGAAGAUCUUGCAGAAGCUUAUUCAAGAAGGUGUUCAUCUUCAUACUUAUUUACCAGAUGUCAAAGACAUUCUUCAGAGUGAGGAGUUGGAAAAGAUGAAAUCAAAGUCUUCAUUUGAGUUUCUUCUAAGGGCCAACUAUGAACAUUACCUGCAAGCACAGAUAUGAACAUCUUUGUCCCUCUUCAUAAUGUUUGUUCUUGGUUUUCUACUUUUGUGUUGGGGGGGUUGGGUUGCAUUCUUCAAUAAAGAUAAGCAUCUUUA